AGAUAUAUACGUGAUGUUUAUGACAUAUCUUGACAUUACGCUCGCAAUAACGUUUUAAUUGCUGUACACUUAGUAUCCUGAUUAUAUUGUGUUCGGCUUAAACAUAUUUAGUGUGUUACCGUAAUUCAAAAAAAUGAUAGACGCAAAAAUUAUCGAUAUCGAUGUGCAGGAUAUAAGAUUUCCAACAUCCUUGCAACAAGAUGGAAGCGACGCAAUGCAUACUGAUCCUGAUUACUCCUGUGCAUAUGUAACGAUCAAAACAGACAAAGAAUACGAAGGAUAUGGCCUCACAUUUACUCUAGGAAGAGGAACUGAAAUUGUUGUACUAGCAUGUAAAUCCUUGUUUAAAAUUGUGAAAAAUCGUACAACAAGAGAGAUUUAUACCAACUUUGCGAAAUUUUGGAGAGAGUUAACAUCUGAUCCACAAUUGAGAUGGAUUGGACCAGAGAAGGGCGUGAUACAUCUAGCUACAGCUGCUAUUAUAAAUGCAUUGUGGGAUUUAUGGGCACGUAUGGAAAAUAAACCAGUCUGGAAGCUUCUAGUAGAUAUGACACCUAAAGAACUCGUUUCUACUGUGGAUUUCAGAUAUAUUAAAGAUGUAGUGACCGAAGAACAGGCGAUAGAAAUGCUUCGGAAUAAUUACAUAUCUAAAAAUACUCAAGAAUUAAAGCUGAAAAAACACGGAUUUCCCGCGUACACAACUCAGAUCGGAUGGCUGGGCUACAGUGAUGAAAAGGUCGAAGAACUCUGUAAAUUGUACUUGGAUCGCGGUUUUACGGCGUUCAAAGCAAAAGUGGGUCAAAAUUUGGACGAUGACAUUAGAAGAUGCGAAGUGAUACGUAGAGUGAUCGGCUACGAAAAUAAAUUGAUGCUGGACGCAAAUCAAGUCUGGGAAGUGGAUGAAGCGAUAGAAUGGAUGGCAAAGCUGGCGAAGUAUAAACCCUUGUGGAUAGAAGAACCAACAUCUCCCGACGAUAGCUUUGGACACAGUCGAAUAAAAGAUGAAUUAAUGAAAUAUAACAUUGGAGUUGCUAGCGGUGAAAUGUGCGCGAACCGCGUCCUAUUUAAACAAUUUCUGAUAUUUGGAAUUAAUUUUUGUCAAAUCGAUUCGGCAAGAAUCGGUGGAAUUAAUGAAAUUUUGGCCGUAUAUUUUAUGGCAAAAAAAUUGAACAUACCAGUAUGCCCACACGCUGGUGGAGUAGGCUUGUGUGAAAUGGUGCAACAUCUUCAAAUGUGGGAUUAUAUUUGCUUAAGUCAAACCUCUGAAAAUCGUAUGAUCGAAUAUGUAGAUCAACAACACGAACAUUUUGAAAAUCCUACCCAUAUUAAAAACGCUCAUUAUAUGCCACCUUUGAAUCCUGGAUAUUCAACUAAGCUCAAGAACAAGUGUAUCUUAGAAUAUGCUUAUCCAGAAGGUACAUAUUGGAAAUCCAAAGAAUAAAAAUUCUAACGAAAUAAAUCUGACGAGAUUUUUGGAUAAAUAAAUUUAUAAAGAAUUCAUAUAAAUUAUAGUAAUACUAAUAAUAAAUUCAUAUAAAUUAGUUUUUAAUAUUUUGGUAAAAAUGUUCUGUAUGUCUAUAUACAUCUUGUAAUUCGAAUAAAAUGUAAAACAUAUCUAUAAAGUAACUUUAUAUAAAAAUAAAA